CAGUGUAAAUGGUCAGCAGGUGGAUCAUGACAUGAGCAUAGAAAUAAAAAUCGACUCACACACUGUUUUAACUUUGCAAAAAUCUUGGCCAUAGCUUCCGGUGAUUUGGUCAAGUAUAUCCAUAGAAAUGUUGGAAAUGUUGAAAAUGUAUCUCAAAUGAACACAUAGUGUCGCUGUCUACCAGUUUACAAGAAAAUACUACCGUGUUGGGUAGCUUAACGUCUCCACCCAUUGUGCUUAAGCUUUGUGUUUGCCGUUAUGUUGCAGCUGCAGAUCGAACUGUCGGAUUGUGUUGCGGAUUUCUGCCUUUGUAUUUUGCUUAUUUCGCACAUCGUACACGUGUUGAAGAGUUGAACUCAAUACCUUCUCAGUAUCGUCUUUGUGGUGCGGAUAUUUGCCAUUUUCAACAAUGGAUCGCAAAGGGGAGUUUGGCCUGGUUACCCGCUUUGUCAUCUGCCUACUUGGGCUGCAAUCCGUGUGUGCCGAGGUGAGCUAUUCUGUCCCAGAGGAGAUAAAACCAGGAACAGUCAUUGGAAAUAUUGCCAAAGAUCUUGGUCUGGAUAUAUCUGCCCUUUCAACCCGAAAGGCCCGCAUUGAUUCCGAGGAGAAUAACGAGCGAUUUUGUGUUAUCAGUCUGAAAAACGGGGAUCUGAGUGUUUCUGAACGGCUUGACAGAGAGAGUCUUUGUGGCAGUACACCAUCUUGCAUCGUAGGCCUGGAGCUAGUUCUGGAAAAUCCGUUAGAAUUACAUCGUAUAAAUCUACACGUCCAAGAUAUAAAUGACAACUCGCCGCAAUUCAAAAGAGAUUUAAUUCGAAUGGAAAUACGGGAAUCAGCCGAAAAAGGCACUCGUUUCUUAAUAGAGGAAGCGCAUGACGCGGAUAUUGGUCAAAAUUCUGUUCAGAGGUAUAGUCUGCAAAAGAAUGAACAUUUUAUUCUGAUGACGGAUGCUCAAAGAGUUGAACUUGUUCUGGAUAAUAAACUUGAUAGAGAGACACAGCAGGAGAUUGAUUUGGCUCUGACAGCUCUCGAUGGAGGUUCUCCACAGCGAUCGGGUACUGUAAUGAUACAUGUCACUGUACUGGAUGCUAAUGAUAACGCCCCAGAGUUUAGCCAGUCCGUUUAUAAAGCCAGUCUGCCUGAGAACUCUCCUCUUGACACUGUAGUAGUUACAGUAAGUGCAACUGAUGAAGAUGAUGGGGUGAAUGGUGAGGUGACAUAUGACUUUGGUCAUGUUACAGAGACGGACGAAAAGGUGUUUUCUAUUGACAGUAAAACUGGAGAAAUCAGAGUCAUUGGUACCACGGACUUUGAAAAGAAGCGUUUAUUUGAACUGCGGGUCACGGCAAAAGAUGGACUGGGACUAACUUCUUACGCUAAGGUUUACGUUGAUCUAACAGACGUAAAUGACAACGCACCUGUAAUAUAUUUAAAAUCUGUGUCUAACCCCAUACCCGAGAACGUGUCACCUGGUACAGAGGUGGGAAUCAUUAACGUGCAGGACAGAGACUCUGAGACCAACGGACAGGUCCGCUGCUCCAUUCAGCAAAAUGUGCCUUUUAAGUUGGUUCCUUCUAUUAAAAACUAUUAUUCUCUGGUGAGCACAGGACAGCUGGACCGUGAAGUGGUGUCUGGUUACAACAUUACAAUCAGUGCCACUGACGAGGGCUCUCCACCUCUGUCCUCGUCUAAAACUGUUCAGUUAUCUGUAGCAGACAUCAACGACAACCCACCUGUGUUUGAGGAGCAGUCGUACAGCGCAUAUGUGAGUGAAAAUAACAAACCUGGCUCCACUUUAUGUUCCGUGAGUGCUCGAGACCCCGACUGGAGACAGAACGGUACAGUGAUUUAUUCUCUGUUGGCCGGUGAGGUGAACGGUGCCCCGGUGUCCUCCUACGUGUCUGUGAACGGAGACACGGGGGUGAUCCACGCUGUGAGGUCGUUUGAUUAUGAGCAGUUGAGGAGUUUUAAAGUCCACGUGAUGGCCCGAGACAACGGUUCUCCUCCGCUGAGCAGCAACGUGACCGUCAGUGUGUUCGUAUCGGAUGUGAAUGACAACUGUCCUCAGAUCCUGUACCCCGCCCCGGAGGGCAACUCGUUCAUGACGGAGCUGGUCCCCAAAGCUGCCCACGGAGGCUCUGUGGUGUCCAAAGUGAUCGCGGUGGACGCGGACUCCGGCCAGAACGCCUGGCUGUCCUAUCAUAUAGUGAAGUCCACUGAUCCGGGACUUUUCACUAUUGGUGUCCACAGCGGAGAGAUCAGGACACAGCGGGACAUUUCUGAAUCUGACAGCAUGAAACAGAACCUUAUUGUGGCGGUGAAAGAUAACGGCCAGCCCUCUCUGUCUGCCACCUGUUCCAUGUAUUUACUGAUUUCUGACAACUUGGCUGAGGUGCCCGAACUGAAGGAUAUUUCUUACGAGGAGAAGAAUUCCAAACUGACGUCUUACCUUAUUAUCGCUCUGGUGUGUGUGUCCACGUUUUUUCUGACGUUCAUCAUCAUCAUCCUGGGUGUGAGGUUUUGUCGCAGGAGAAAGCCCAGACUGUUGUUUGAUGGAGCAGUCGCCAUCCCCGGCGCUUAUCUCCCUCCUAAUUACGCAGAUGUUGACGGCACAGGAACUUUGCGCAGCGCUUACAAUUAUGACGCAUAUCUGACGACAGGAUCAAGAACCAGUGACUUUAAGUUUGUGACGUCUUACAAUGACAACACACUGCCUGCUGAGCAGACUCUGAGGAAAAGUCCAAGUGACUUUGCUGCGGUUUUUCAAGAUUCUUUGGAGUCUCCAGAGACCAAUAGUGGAGCUCUGUCAGAGUGA